AUGGCAUAUGGCGCGCCGUCGCACCGGCUCGAGGAAUACACAAUGCAGCUAUUCAAGGCCCUGGACAUAGACGGGAGGGUCAACUACUCAGUCGGGUGUAUGGAUAUCUGCUUCAUCAAUCCCGUUGAUCCGGCGGAUCCGCUGACGAAGUCGGCGUAUACGACGAUUGUUAAGGCGCAGGGUCUUGAUGUUGGAGCAUGCGAGGUUGCAUUUCGCAUUUAUAAGGAUGUGGUGGCUGGGGCUUUGACCGUCCAGGAAGCUACGGACAAACUCACAACCUUAAUUGAAGCGCCUUCUUACUAUAACUCCUUGUGGCUGGUACCGUUCUACGGGCUCGCAUCAGCAUUAGCCUGUGUUUGGGCCUUCGGAGGUUACUGGACGGAUAUGCCCAUUGCUUUUAUCCUCGGCACUGUUGUUGGCGUCCUUCAGAUCAUCCUCGCCACUAGGAAUCCUCUCUAUUCCAACGUCCUCGAGGUCACCGCCUGUCUCAUCACAUCCUUCGGAUCGCGGGCCUUUGCUUCCAUCGGCGGCGGCGGAUUACAAAAAUACUUUUGCUUCGGCGCGUUGGCCGAGUCCUCUAUCGCCAUGAUCUUACCUGGCUUCAUUGUCUUGACGGGAAGUCUGGAACUACAGUCCAAGUCGAUCACCGCGGGAUCUACGCGGCUCUUUUAUGCCAUAAUGUACUCGCUCCUCCUGGGUUACGGCAUGAGCGUUGGCUCGCAGCUGUGGGAGUUAGCCGAUCCGGAUGCACCGACGUCGACAACGUGCCCGAGAACCAUCGAUCCCAAAUGGAAAAUCCUGCUUGUGCCAUGUUAUCUCGCCGUACAAGGUGUCAUCAUUCGUUCGAGACCCCGGCAGUUACCAGGCCAAAUACUUGUCGGCUCAGCGGGGGUACUGGUGAACUACUUCGUUUCGGCAAAGGCAACCGCUCAAGUUGCUGACACGGCUUCUGCAUUGGUCGUUGGCAUCCUUGGCAACCUCUGGGCACGAUCUCAUCAUGGUUUCGCCUACGCAACUGUGGUGGCCAGUAUUAUGGCCUUGGUACCAGGAGGUCUCGCCGCGCAGGGUGGCCUAGUCACGGGAAUUACGAUGCCGCUCAUCUAUACCAGCUCAAACAGCUCCAACGCGCAAACAUUAUGGGGUGAUAAUAUUUACAGGAGCUUUAGCGUUGGUGGACAGAUGAUUCAAGUAGCGUUGGGGUUGGCAGUAGGGGUGUUUUUGUCAGCACUCAUAGUGUAUCCGUUUGGUAAGAAAAAUAAUGCUUUGUGCUCCCUCUAG